UCCGUCCGCCUCAGCGGCCUCAGCGAUGGCGAACAGUGGCGGCGCCGGGGCGGCGGCUGCGGGGGCGGCCUCGGCGGCGAAUCUGAAUGCUGUGAGGGAGACCAUGGAUGUUCUGCUUGAGAUUUCAAGAAUUUUGAAUACUGGCUUAGAUAUGGAAACUCUGUCUAUUUGUGUACGGCUUUGUGAACAAGGAAUUAACCCAGAAGCUUUAUCAUCAGUUAUUAAGGAACUUCGCAAGGCCUCCGAAGCACUAAAGGCUGCUGAAAAUAUGACAAGUUGACUUUCUGGAGAAAUCCUGAUGAGAUAUGUCCAGCUCUGCAAGAGGAUUUAAAGAUUGCAUUGUAGUCAGGAAUGUAGAAUGAACUUCAUGCAGCAGUAUAGAAAUAUUUUGUUUUUGUUUUUGUUUUUUUAAGAAUUAUAAACUAUAGCUGUAUAAAUCAGUGGAAAGUGGCUUAAGAGAGAACUAUCAAAUAUGUUUACUUCGCAUCAUAUUCAUUUUUUUUUAAAGGCCCUAAUGCUUUGGCAUUGCUGUGUUCAUAUUUAUGUAUUCCUUAUUUAUAGCUCUGAUAGCUUUAAUUUUCUAAGCAGUCUGUCUAUAAAAUGUGCACAUCACUGUGAUUGGUUGAGUCUAGUGGAACCCAUCAGUAGUGAUAUAGUAAUAAUGACUUGUUAACAUUUCCAUUAUAAACUUUAAUUUUGAAUUGUUUAUGCAUAAUAAUUGUGGAUUUAGUUGUGUUGAGCUGUAAGUUGACAAUUGCAGCCACCAUUUGUGAAUUUUUAUUUAGAUUCAUUAUGAAUAUUAGAAUUUUUUUAUUUUAAAUAAGAGCAUAGAAAGCAUUUCUUGUGUACUCUUUAAUGAAGAAUGUUUAGUUUUAUAAACAUAA